GUGGGAAUCUCAUAGCCGAACUGAAUAACAUGUCUGUUCAUGUUUAGAAAGCAGUGAACCACCCAUGUGACAUCGAGAUGCCUCACUGAAAGGUUGUUAUGCAUACCACCAGUGACUGAUCAGUCCACUGGGUUGACUGUUACCUCCGGUCAGAAUGUGCAGCAACGACCUGUAUUUGCUUUAUCAUGGACUUUUAUUACCAAAGAUUGCACACACAGCCGACAGUUUGAAAUAUUUCGAGUCGUUUCAAGUGCAGGACGAUGACGUGAUUGUAAUUACUUAUCCCAAAUCUGGUACAACAUGGAUGCAGGAAAUUCUUCCCCUGCUUCUGAAUGGAGGGGAUUUUACACCAGUACUGACCAUCCCCAACUGGGACAGAGUGCCUUGGCUUGAAGAGAGACGUGCUGCUAAAAUCGCAGAAAAGCUGAGUGCUCCACGGGCCUUUGUUUCUCACAUGCCUUAUCAUCUGAUGCCUUCCUCUUUUUUCUCUUCUAAGGCUAAGGUCAUUCAUGUUUCUCGAAACCCAAAAGAUGUCCUGGUUUCCUCUUUUCAUUUCCAUCAAAUGACCAGUUUUCUGCAUGACCCAGGAACCUUGGAAGAAUUUACAGACCAAUUCCUAGCAGGGAACGUGAUGUAUGGAAAGUGGACAGAUCAUGCAAAGAGCUGGAGAAACACGGAUCUGGGUGACAGAAUUUUUUACAUCACGUACGAGGAGAUGAUUCAGGAUCUGCCUGGGGUACUUGAACGCAUAUUAUUCUUUCUUGGUAAGUGCCUGAGCAAAGACGUUCUGAACCGUGUGACUGAACACUGUGAGUUUAGGUCUAUGAAGCAAAACAAAAUGUCCAACUACUCACUGUUACCAGAGGCUUUAAUGGACACCAAGAAGUCUACUUUUCUCAGAAAAGGAAUUGUUGGAGAUUGGAAGAAUUAUUUCAGCCCAGAAUUGGAGUCGAAGUUCAACACAGCAAUUUGUGAAGAAUUAAAGGGAACUGACAUCAAAUUCGCCAUAUAAUAAUUGUCAUAAUGCUAUUAUACCAAUGUCUGUGCUUAUAAUUUCAAUUAUAAUUUGAUAUGAUUUUUAUUUUAUGUUCUUUAAACAAAAUAAACAAAAACAGUGCUUAUUCAAAUA